AUCAGUAUUCAAAAUUUAUUCAAGUAGUAUUGAAAUAUGUAGCAUCCUCGUUAACUUUAUGCAGUGUGGGGUCCUUCCGCAAGUUACGUCACUCACAUUACUAGCAGAAUCAAAUAGCAUCUCUCAUUGAUCAUGCUUCUAAUGAUGUCAAGGCACUAUGGUGUUAAAGUGUUGGGUAAAAGCGCCGAAGAAAUUUUCUUCAGAGUUUGUUACUCAAUGUGUCACAGAAACUCUUGAGUCAUAUUCUCUGAAUGGAGUGUUGAAUCUGAUUGGUCGAUUAAGUUGUAGGGUCCCCAGUUAUGAAGCUUUGUUGCUCUUGAUUACAGAGUUUUGUAAUGACAUUAAUCCAAGACUUUGUAGAGAAGCAAUGAAAGCACUAGCCAUUACAAAUGCAGUUACAAAUAAUGGAAGAGGGUAUAUAUAUACUAAGGUGUAUGGCUUAUUGAAUGAUGAUGAUCAGUCUGUUUUGUACAUGUACAUGUACAUCAAACUAAUUCAUUCAUUGGGACUCUCUGGAAAGAAAGAUAGUGUACAUAUAUACAGUAGAAUGACCUUAUACAUGUGUACAUGCAUGUACAUGUAA